CAAAACUCACAGCAAGGACUCUUUUCUUCAUGUUGAUAGUGUUAACCUCAUCACACAAACUAUGACAUCGGAGACAAAAAAAUCCGCGGUGCUGAUAUUGGUGCAACAAUUUCACGAUUGCCUUUGAACAUCCGAUUCAUUACCGCGACCUACAUUUGGAUCUCUGCACAGAAUGUACUAUGUAGCAUUGCAUGACUAUUGGUUCUUUACUUUAAAAGGAUUUGUGUGAUCUCGUGAAUGUCCGGAAUUUCCCGAGCCAGCUUCGCCGUCAACACACCCACAUACCCGCCCAAGGUCAGGCCGCAAUCAGGUCACUUGGCAUAUAGUACCUGGGCGUCUUCCCUGCUGAAUGCUCCUGUAGUGCGUCAUCUCUCUUCAAACCAGCAGCGCAUUUAACCAAUACCGAAAUAAAUAUAGCGGUGCUCCGCACAAACGAUCACAGACAUAUACACGUAAGAAUUUAAGAUAUAAACUGUAGCUGUAGCGUCUUUGGUUACACUCCGUGCAGAGUUGUCUACCGUUUAUGAGGGACGGCAACUUCCGGUUCGUGGCUUGUCUUCCGGUCGGGAAGAGUAAAUAAAGCACCGUAGAAUCUGCUGUCGAUGCUGUAUUGAACGAUGGGCAGAGGUCACUGCAUCAAGGAAGGCAAGCACUGACGGCCGAUGAUGUUGCCGGCAGCACGUUUUGCAGACAAAAAUGUCCUUCCGCAUUGCAAAAAAGAUCAGAUGGAGAAGCGCGACCGAGUCGGGCACCUGUCGUCUGCAAUGUCUUCUAACAUUGAUUAGCAUAAAUCUCGACCACGCUUUGAAGAGAAAAACUUCAUCAACCCUAAAAUUUGCCUAAGGACAGCCUCAAAAUCAGGCAGCCAUGUUUCAUAUACGCCAUAUCAAGGUGCCAGCACACCUUCGCAACACAAAGCAUGGUCCUCUCUACUCUUUCUACGCAGCUUCCGGCUUUGGGCCACCCAACAUGAAGGAGAACCUACGACGAGGUGUCCUUUUAGCCACUGUAGCAUCUGUUCUUCUUCUAGUGGGAUCACUAUUAACCUGGCUAGGUUUGUACAUGUUCACGGAGGUCUUUGGCAACAAACUACCAAUCAUGGGUCCACUAGUCUUGGCUGUAGGGUUACUUCUUCUUGCUUUGGCACUGCGACAGUUUUGCCUUGUUUGGAAACACAAGCGAUCACAAGCAAGAAAAGAGAAGGCAGAUGGUGCUAGGACCCAAAGAUCUGGAGAAGAGGUAGAAGGUGAGACUGAGGAAGCUGAUGCAGGUGCAGUGGAAAUGGAAACAUGGAGUCAUAAUGAGAGCAGCAACACUCCCUUCCCACAGAAUAGUUAUCCCGGGUGUUGUGACCCAUCUGCUGGUGAAAAGUUGCACCAUCAAGGUUCUGGGGUCAUUGGGUCUCUUCCUUCUACAAUGGUUACUACAACCCAGACUACCCUGAUGAGUCUGCCUCAUUCUACUACCUACCAACCAGUCUCAGCAUCAUGGAUACCUCCACCGACACCAACGUCUCCUAUCCCUGGUACAGCACCAGAAGGCAAAGUUCGCUCCUGCAGUGAUCUGGCAAUCAUGGGUACACCUCCCAACCCACGCCCAGUCAUACGCUACAGUCAGGGUCAGCUGCAGCUGCUAGAUUGCCAUGCUGCAGGUGCAGGGCUGGGAGGGACAGCCAUCAGCCCCUCAACUAUAGCCAGCACUCCCAGCCAUCAGUCCUUGGGGGAGCGCAGUGGGAGUGUACAGGAGGGCAACAGUUACCAUAGCUUGUCCCUGUCACUGGAGAGAACUGAUGUCUUGGAGACUAUUUAAUGCCUAUUCCAGAAGCUUCUUCCUGCACAUAUUUAGUGUGUUGCCACAGAGGCUGUGCACUGCACUGCCAUUGAUUAUCAGUAAGUUUAUUUGACGACAAGUGAAUGACAGCAUUUGGAUUGUUUUCCACUUGUGUUUCAUGUGGGGAUGCUGUUGUGCCAUUCCUGGGAUGUGUUAUGAAUAUGUUCAUCAGCAUCAUAGCCUUUACCAUAGAGACAAACUUUUCAACAAUCACCACGAAUACACAACAUAUCUGACCAUUUCAUUGGGAGAUACUUGCAGUAAGCUUAAACAGUAAUUUAUCACAGUAGAUGAUCUUCGGGACCACUGGCUGUGAUGGCUACUACUGUGUCUGUGAUGCCAGAAAGGUUGUUCAUGUAGCAGCUGAGCACAACAGAACUGUACAUAUGCUAUGUUUUACUUCUAAAAUUCUAGUCUGGGGUAUUAUGCAUUUACUGAUUGCUUCGAGAACAUUUCUGUCUGAAACAAGAAAAUUUGUUGAUAUGAAUUAUUGGAAAAGAAAACAUCUAUUUAUAUCACUUUUAUACCCUAUUUAGUGGGAUUCCUCACCAAUAGAAAAUAUCACAAGGACAGCAUUCUGGACUCAAAUUUGCAUUGCUUUGAAGCUGUCGAACAAGAAUGUCUUGCAGGAAUAUUCAACAUAUGAAAUGGAUACCAUCUUGAUGCAAUGUGCCUGAAGUGCUGAUGUGACCAACACUUUGUUGACUUUGUCAACUCAGCCUUAAGACUUCAUGUGAAUCCUAGCCCUGCUCUUCACAGAUGUCACACCACAUCAUCUAGCUCCACAUGCUGUUCAUGGUAUUAUUAUUUAUGCAUUUUUGGAAGGAGAAGGGAGGCUAUAAUUAUAGUCUUAAAGCAAGAAUCCCAGUGUGCACUUUUAUCUCAUCUUUGAUCAUCAUCCCUCUGAUGUAUUUAAAAAAAAAGACAUGGACAGAUUUUUCAAACUGUGAAUUGUCUGACAGUUUAGCAGCACAUGGUCUCGGUGGUGAGGCUAUAGUAAGUUCUUUUAUCCUAAAAUCAAUAAACUAUGGAACAAUGUAUGCUGUCUGCUAAAUAGUCCAGUCACUGUCAUGUGGUACAAUAAGCUCCAAUGUCUUAAAAAUUCAGAUUGCAGUAGCUUUUCUAGUCUUCACAAAAUACAUUUACAUAUGUUGAGGCAUUAAUCAGGCCAUUCCUGUUUUAAAAAAAAAAAUUUUGGUUAAAGCAAAAGCAUAUAUUACACUGUACGUACCUUGUACAUAUACAUGCAUACACUCCUAUAUUUAUAUAUGUACACACUGCCGUUUCAUACUCUCUAUAUGUCCCUGAUAUCAAAAAGCAUUUCUUAAUUUAUAGGAGUUUGAGCUCUAUGUUUAAACUAUGUCCAUUUUGAAGAUACAAAUGAGAGGUCCAAGGUGAUUUACAUUAUAUUUUCAAUGCUAAAACAGUUGGAUUAGGUCCAUGUUUUCACUUCAAAGUAAUGCUGUCUUAUGAGUGAGAUAUUUAAUUACAUCUGACAAAUUGGGAGCAAGUGCUCAAUUCAGAUGCACCAAUCAACAUUAAUUUCCUGUUGCUUUAUAUUUAAGGAAAUUCUUAAGAUAUCACAUAUUUUCUAUGACCUUUGAUGUUACCAGUCAUCAUUAUCUGAUUUACUUAAAAGGGUUUAUUUUAAUUUGAAAAAUAGUGUGCAUUAAUAAAGGGUACUUUUCCAUCAAUUAAAAAAAAAAUAAAAAAAAUAAAACCCCAUCACAAUAUUAUCAUUAUAAUAAAAUAUACCAGAAGAGGUUAUAGGGGACUCUGUUUUACAAUGUGUUUAUGAACCAAAGAAAUAUCAAACCAUUUACUUCAUGAACUGAUUUUUUUGUUAAGUUAAAGCAUUACUCAAAAUAUUUUAUCAUGUAAUUGUUUCUAUAUGCAUAAUGUGUGUGUGCAUUCUUGCCUGUGCAUGUGAAAUGUGUCAUUAAUUAAUAUGCAUGGUUGCUAACUUUCAUUCAUUCUCAUUAUUGCUGGUUAUUGCAUAGGAGUAUCAAAAAGACAAUGAAUCAUUUAUGACACAUUAAAAACACGAAUACACAUUGAAAUAUUCUUAUUUAUCAUUAUUUUUGUAUUAUGAAAUAAUUUCUCUAUGUAAAACUCGUAAAGCUUAGAAACAUUCUAAAACUGAAUUAAACACGUCCUUGUAAGCCAUUCUAUUUUUUAAAAAUAGAUUUCUGCAUGUAAACUGAUUAUUAGUUUAACAUUGUAAAUGACUGUUUGAAUGACUGAAUUUAAUAGCAACAGUGUUGAGAGAGGGAGGUUGGUUGAUUGUCAUUCAUGUGAGGUUGCACUAACAACAGGGAUGUUGUGACUUAUGACUAAAGAUAGGGAAGAAAUCUUUAAAAUGAUUUCCAUGGCAUAGGCAUUGUAACUUUAUAUUUAUCACAGCUAGAAGCCUUUUUCUUCUAGCAACACUCAAAAGUUGCUCUUUUUAACUAUUUUGAAAUCCCUUUUUUGAAUGUAGUAUAUUUUACAGAUAGCAGUUGGUUUUGCCUCUAAUGUUAAAUUAAAUUGUUUAUAUUAUUUGCCCAGAUUGAGUUUUUGCCCAAUAUUCAGUUUUGCUGGCAGAUUUGAGACACAGGAAAGGGGAUGCAACUCCUCACAAGAACAUGAUGCAGCACUAGGAAAAAUGGCCUGCAGCAUAUUGUGCAAAUGUUAUUGGUGACUAGUCUUCUUUGACUUGAUAAGUCUUAUCAUCAAUUUUUUCUGCUGUCACUUCCUUAUUAAAGGGAAGAAAUACUAACAUUAGCAGUGAAAGUCAUUCCAAAAAGUACUGAUGUCUGGUUGCUCAAACAGUUGUAUUGAUUUUGUUUUUGAGGAUUAUUCUUAGAUGACUAUUUUGCUACUAAACUGUGAUGAUUCUGUUAAUAUGUGUCUUGGGCCUUCACUGUCUCUUUUUUUUUUGCGUCGCUUUUUUAGGCAUUUUCCACAAUAUUUUAGAGCUUUAUUUAUGUGGCAUCGAAAGGUAACAUUUGAUAGGCUGUUUCUUUGGGAGAAAAGUCAUAGAUCUUUUUCUUUUGGAUGUUUAAACUAAUUAACAUUUAUUAAUUGUAUAUGCUAUUGCAUAUUUUUGGGAAAAUUUUUUGCAUUAAGCAUUUGAUGUAGUUAUUGUACUUAUCAUUGAUUGAUCACACUGGUUAUUCCUUCCUUUUAAAAAGUGUAGUAUCGUAAAACAAGCAUACGGUUGAUCCUAUAAAGUAUUCAUUUUAGUUUACUUAAAGGGUCAUAGCGGUCAGAUAAUAUUAUAUGGAUCUUAUUUAUGUCAUGAUUUUCUAAGUUACAAACUGUGUAUUGUUGUCCUCAGAUUAAGAUAUCAUAUUUUGGUUUUGAGAAUAUAAAGUUGAAAACCAGUUACAAAAGUUUAAAUAGGAAAAUGUUUGAAAAUAUUUGAAGUUUUGAAACAGCAACAGUAAAUUUAAAAAUAUUCAUGGGCUGUGUGUUAAAAAUUACAGAAUAUUGGCAGCUAGGGGAAGCUCUGCGUAAGAUGCUCCUGCAUGGUUUUAUGUAAAGAUCUUAUCUAUAUCUUAGAGUUUAUGUAGUUUAUAUGGAAAAUGAAUAUUGGAGAUAAAAGACAUUAAGGAAGCUGUCAUGAAAUAUUAUUUGGUGGGUCUUAAACUAGCAAAAUUUAAUUUGUUAACAUGUUUUGUAAGUUUUGGGGGAAACAGGUAAUUUUACAAGGAGAAAAUGUUUUUCUUUAUAGUAAAUAAUCAUAAGUAAGCUCUUCAUUUGAAGACACAACCUGAUAUGGUGAGAAAGAUACAGAUUCAGGAUUUCUGGAUGAUAUUGUUAGAAGUAUUAUUAUUCACAUCAUUUAGGCAUUUUAAUAAAUAUAAAAAUAAAAUAUGGAAAGAUAUCGAAUCAUAAUGAACUGCAUAAAAAAUUAUGCAUGUGUGUGAAUAGGUUUUCUGAGAAAAGUCAUAAAUAUGAAGAACUGUGAUGUUUGCACCAGUUAAGUGAUGCUUGAAAACUGGUUCAGGGGACAAGUACACUAGACUGAAUAGAUAUUGGGGUCUCAAACAACAGACAUGAGAGAUAGGAAGAUGUAGCAGCCACAUGGAUUAACAUGAAUUUAGCAUGGAUGUUCUCAGAUUAAAUAACCAAAUUUAACACAAGCCAUUCCAAAUGGACAUGUACCUGCAUAGACUGUGGUGAACACUCCCUCCUCCCCCCCUUGCGCUCUCUCGUGGACCCACAGUUAAGGGCUUGACAAGGGUCAUAAUGUCACUUUGUCUUUCUUUUCAAGAUUUUCUUUCCACCUGAUGUGUGCAAUGUCUGCUUUUGUUUUUGAGAGGUUUACUUAAUGUUGAUCCUUUCUUGCCUUUACUAGUGCUUUGCUGAAUGGUUAGCAGUUGCCUUAUGUCAUUCACAUAAAUCUGAUAUUUUGCUUUUGAUGAAAUUCAACAGAUUGCCUUGAGUGUUGGCUAAAAGUGUUGGUUACUAAACAGACAUCUUAAACACAAAACUAUUAGAUGUUUACAUUCUUUCUUGAACAUGUCUGGAAAUAGUAUUUGGGGUCAUAAGCAAAUGAUACAUAACGGUGGUCAUAAAUGAAUGACACAAAGCGGGCAAGCAGUGUGGGGUUACCUGACAAUGACCAGUGCUGUCUGACCUUUCCCUUAUUUGCAUUUGCUAAGCAUGUGCAUUUAAUAUAUGUUUGUUUUGUGAUGCAUCAUGAGCUUUAAAAGAGAGUGACCCAUCUUUUUCUGUCAUCUUCGUGGCUGAAAUGAAGUUUUAUGUGUAUUGCUUUGACGUCUCAUUUUGAAAUCAUGCCAUAGGUACCUUUUGUCACGGAUAAUAAAUGUGUGCAACUUGCUGCUUUGUGUGCAACAGUUAGAUUUAGUGUGAAGCAUUAUAUACUUUUCUUUGAAUUAAGCAGCUUAGUAUUUAUAUAGUAGGAUUUUUGGAACUGUGCAAUCUCCAUAGUAAUUUCUACCAUCUUUUGUUUCCAGACACUGGGUUUUUUUUUACUAUGGAUGUAAAGAUCUUUGUAUAUAUAUAUUCACACACAUCUAUACACAUGUAUUUUUGUGAGUGCAAUGUUGAUGUUGUGUUGUAAAUUGGGUGCAAUACAUGUAUUUUUGAUCAAUAUUUGACCUCUAUGAUUUUUGAGACAGUGUAUACUAUACAUGAAAACACAGAUAAUGUAUUUUUAUCAAAAUCCACAUGCCAUUGUGUGGUCUGCAUUUUGAAUCUUUGACUGUGAUGGUUUAUCAUUGCACUUUUGUAGAUCUUAUGUAACUCUUUGUAUUAAAAAAAACAGCCUUGUCGCUGUUUCUCAGUAUUUUGUCUUUUUUACUUUUUUUUGUAACUUGCUUAAACUAAGAUUGAUUUCCAUUUGUUUAUAUACUGUUACUAUUAGUUCUUCAUCUGUGUAUGCAUUUAUAAUGUGUUACUAAGAAAUAGUUACAAUUUCCCUCAGAAACUUUCUUUGUGGUUCUGUUCAUGUACUUAACACACUGGGCCCUGGCUUAUGGCUAUAGUCAUCAUGCACUUUUGGUCACUUCAUGUUAAUGCAAAGGCGGUCAGAAUUACACAGUAAACAUCCUUGGUCCAGGGAGUUAAUGACAAUUGAUGUUUUGUGCCAGAUGACACAUGAGUGCCUGCCUUGUCUUCUUCUCUUGGUCACUGUCAAAGCCCUGUCUUUUCAAAAUAUAAACUAGAUAUUCACCCAGAAUGUAGUAGAUAUGAGACCUGCUGUCAGGAAUUUAGUAAUAUGGUUCUGUCUGCCAUUCAAGAAAGUAAUACUAGUUCUAGGAAAGAAUAUUUUUUCUCAGACACUUUUGACACCAGUAUUUUGACCAGGAACAAUGAUAAUGUACACCUGAGAAACUACUGUUGAAAUUGUGAUGUUUAUCAUCCUGACAAUCAUUAAAUACCUUUUUCUUUCAGGUACAUGGUGUCCUUUUGCUAAACAAAAUACAAGAAUUUAUAAUUACUCUAAUUGAUUACAAUUAAAAGUAUCGAUCAUUCCUCAUUUUGGGCAAUACAAGUUGCCACAUAUUUUAUCUUUCUAUGUUUAUGUUAUCAAGAUUUCAUUGUUAGUCCACAAUUUAAAAUACUUUGACACUUUAGGUGUCUUCAGUAAAUCUUCAGAUUUAGUCCAUACAAUACAAAUGUACUUGUUUUAACCUGAGGUAGGUGUUGACAUAACAGUAACACUUACAGAGAGGGAUGAUUCAGACAUGCAGGACUAGUAGUAAUGUCACAUAGUGCACAGGAUUGUCAAAUCACGCAUUCAAUUUCAUACAGGUAUAGUUUAUUAAAGUCUGUCUCACACAAAACAGCAAAGCGACAAAACAAAAAAGAAGCUGGAAAAUGGCACUAUAUUAAUAACCUUUAUUAGUAGUAGUACUAUUAUUAUAUUUAAGAAAGAUUGGGUAAAGAGGGGAGAAGAUGAUCUGUGGAAGAAAUGUUUAUGGUACAUGGAUCCUUCAGUUCUUUUGGGAGACACACCAGAAAAAAGAAUGUGUGUGUGUUUGUGGGUGUGAGUGCAUUUCAGUUUGUGCACGUGUACCUGUGUAUGUUAGCUGUCUGCCUGAUGUUGCUGUGUUGAUUAUAUAUAGUAUGCUGGUACUUUUAGUAGCUUCCUAAGCAGAAAAAGUCACAUUUGUCCCUGACAACCACAUAUUUCAGUCUGUGAAAGUAAUAAAAUGUCAUCUUUUUCAAAAUUAUUUUAUAUUUUUGUGUGAAACUUCUAUCAAAAAUCAUAUCAAGGUUGCUUACCAAUAACCUGGCCUCGUCAGACAAAAUGAGUAUUUUGUGGCACUAAUGUACUAUGAAGCAAGCCCACAGUAUUGGUUUCUUUCCCCUUCUGUGUUUUAUACCCAAUUUUAAAACAUUCAGUGUGAUCUAUUUAGAAACAUGCAAAUUCAGUCUGUGUUCAGUGCAUUGUACAUACACAUUAUCAGAAACUCAGUUGACAUGGUUAGAUAUGUGCUUAUUGGAUGAUCAGCCUCUUUGUAACAGAAAUAGUAAUGGUGACACGUACGUAUAGAAACAACUUUUAAAAGUGGUCACUUGAACUGUAUUCAUUAUUUUCUGCUUUCUUAAUUUCAUGAUGAUAAACAAGGAAGCACUGGAGGAUUCUUGUUCAUCAUUUUUCCUGGAAGAGUGAAAAAAAGAAAAAUUCUUUUAAAAAGAGUUCAUGUGGUGCUGGCAGCUGCAGAAGGAGGUCACAAGAAAAUGAGAUCUAACCCUUGAACUUUGUAUGCUGUUACUGACUUCUGGAAACUUUAAUAGCAAAAACUUGGGACACAUUGUUUUGUAUAUUUUUUUUACAGUAGAAUAUACUGACCAUUUAAAAAGGUAAGAAAUUAAAUGCAUAUCUAAUUCUUUCUGCUAGUUACACUGUAGUUUCUGUUCUGACUGUUCUGGAUUUUUUGUGUCACAUGGUUUAUUUUUGAAAUAAAUCCAUUGUCUCUUUUCAUAACAAAUAAAUGAAGUGUUCUUUAAAAGAGGUUUUGGCACAUUUUAUGAAUUUUGCAUUUUUCUAUAAAAUUUGAUAAUGCCUAUGCCUUGAAAUAUUUCAGAAUGCAUUUUUCUAAGCACAUAUUAAGAACAUGCUUAGGACGAUUAUGGCCUAGCACUUCAGUCCGCCUGGAAACAACUUUCUACCAAUGAUGUUUGUGCUGGUAGAUUUUGUACUGAAUAUUUCUGAGCAUUGUGAUCUCUUUAAAAUAAACAUCACAAUCAGUAUAUACUUCUAAGAAAACACAUAGAGUUUAAAGAAAAUUUAAAAAAACAUUGCCAAACAUAUCUGUAGAAGAAAUUUCUACAGAAAUUCAAGUACUCAUUAUGUAAAAAUGUUGUUGGACACUUGACACCUGCAAAGUGCUUAGUUGUGAAAAGUUAUGUGUUGUGAAAUGAAAUAUUGUGACCAGAGAAUGAUUAUUUUAUAUACAGAGAGAGAGAGACUAAGGCAGGUGAACAUUACAUAAUUACAAAGUUGAAUAUGUGAAAGGUUUUCAUCUAUCAGGUCACAAAUGUGUUGGAUACCCAGUCCAAAAAUUGUAUAUCUCCCACCCAUCCACCCCAUCAUGAUCAAAGUCAGAUGUUGUUCAUGAGAAUAAAAAGUGCUGUUGUCA